AUGGCGGGAGCCUGCGACCCGCUGGAGGACAUGCUCUUCACGGAGGUGGACGAGAAGGCAGUCAGCGACCUGGUGGGCUCCCUGGAGUCCGAGCUCGGCGACCAAAACACGCCCAAAGGAGCCCCCACAGCCGCCGCCAAAGCUUCCGACCCGGGCCACGUCUCAGGGAAAGCCCGCGAGAGAGCCGAGCAGCAGCCGCAACAAGGGCAUCCGAGAGCGGGCUCACACCGGGAGAGCUCCGCGGCUGUGACGGAGGGGCCUGCGCCGUCUGUGGGCACGAAUACAGCCUCUACCGCGCCUGGAGCCACGGCAGUCCCUCAGGCACCCUCCGCUCCAGCGGCCUUCCACCCGGCCGCAGGCCCCGGCCCCGCGGCCCCUGCUCUCUCCGCCUCUCCCGGGAGCUUGAACGGAACUCCAGGGUCGGUAAAACUCCUCUCCCCAGCCGCCCCUUCCCAGUCCAUGGCCUCUCCGUUCACCAGUGCAUCAGCGCCGACCAUCGCCCUGCAGAGGAGCCCGGCCCUGCCCAGUCAGAACGGCCUGGACCCCAAGAACCAGCCUGCCACCUCGCUCCCCAACCACACCAACCAGAUUAUCCACAGCAAGAUCCUUCCUCAGAGCCAAGCGGUGUCCGGGAGCAGCGUGAUCCUCGCCAACACGCCGCCGCUCGCCACACAAAUGUCCUCUCAGAUUGCACAGACCUUGAAGCCUGCGGUGAAUGGCUUGGCACAGCCUGCCAUGACUGUGGUGAGGCCUCCAGUAGCUGUCCCAGGUGUGGGGGUGACCGUAGCCCAGCAGCAGAGACCCACGCUGGCAGUGACCACUACCACGACCAGAGCCCCAGCUCCUCAAGCUCCCAUCGCAGUCAGACCACAGCAACAGACCACCAUCCAGCUGCCACCAGGCUUCACCAUGCCCCCAGGCAUGGUGCUGGUGCGCACUGAGACCGGACAGCUGGUCAUGGUCCCACAGCAAGUCCUGGCUCAGGCUCAGGCCAAAACCCAACAGAACCAAACGGUAAACAUCCAGAGACCUGGCACUCCCACAGCUGCAGGGGGCGCUAUCCGGGUCAGCGCGCCCGCUCCGGCUCCUGGGACCCCCACGGUGCGCCUGGCCUCCCCCCAAACCAGGAUGACUUCCCCAGCCUCCUCCCCCGCGCUCCAGAAGACCAUCAGUGCUGCCCCCGGUGGUCCCGCAGUGUCUGUGAAGAUGACCACUCCUCAGAAACCCCCCACUGUGAUCACCACGGGGGUCUUGAACAAGACCAUCCCCAGUCCCACUGCUCCGGCCCGAGUCAAUGUGGUGUCGCAGGAAAUGCAGGAAAAUGUGAAGAAGUGCAAGAACUUUUUGGCGACUUUGAUCAAACUGGCGUCGCACAACUCUCCGUCUCCAGACACGUCAAAGAACGUGAAGGGCCUGGUGCAGGACCUGCUGGACGCGAAGAUUGAGCCGGAGGAGUUCACAACUCGGCUUCAGGCGGAACUCAAGUCGUCUCCACAGCCCUACCUCAUCCCCUUCCUCAAAAAAAGCCUACCCGCGCUAAGACAGUCCCUGUUGAGCAGUCAGCAGUCCCUGGUUCCCGUCCCCAGCACCGUAACGCCGCCCGUGGUCACUCCUGGAACUGUCUCCACCUCCAUCCGCCCUGCACUGAGCCCGGCCAGCAAUGUGCGGCUGGGAACACCCAUGGGCCACAGCAACACACUGGCUGUGGCUCGAGCCGGCGUUCAAACUGUGAGCCGACCGGUGGUGAUCAGCCAGAACCUCCGACCACAAGGCGGGUUGAUACGAGGGCCCACAACCAUAUUAGGCAAAAGUCCCGUCAUGGCGGCUCAAGCCAAUCAGAAGAAGCUCAGCGAUCCGGGGGGCGGGACCUUCAGAGACGACGACGACAUCAACGACGUGGCCUCCAUGGCGGGCGUGAACCUGAAUGAGGAGAACGCCCGGAUCCUGGCCACCAGCUCUGAGCUCGUGGGAACCAUGAUCCGCUCGUGUAAAGACGAGGCUUUCCUGCCGCCGGGCGUCAUGCAUCGGAGAAUCCUCGACAUCGCUAAGAAGUGUGGCGUGUCGGAGGUCCCCGCAGACGUUGUGAACCUGGUCUCUCACGCCACUCAGUCCAGACUGCGUGCUCUGCUGGAGAAGGUGUCUGUGGUGGCUCAGCACCGGACGGACGGAGGGAAGGAGGAGGAGAGCUAUGAGCAGACGUCGGACGUGCGAUCGCAGCUUCGAUUCUUUGAGCAGCUCGAGCGAAUGGAGAAGCAGAGGAAAGAUGAGCAAGAGAGGGAGAUCCUGCUCAAGGCCGCAAAGAGUCGUGCAAGACAAGAAGACCCGGAGCAGGCGCGGCUCAAGCAAAAAGCCAAAGAGAUGCAGCAGCAGGAGUUGGCUCAGAUGCGACAGAGAGAUGCAAACCUCACAGCUCUCGCUGCCAUCGGACCUCGAAAGAAACGCAAACUCGACUCACCGGGAACCGCCGCCGCAGCAGAGUCGACCAGCACGUCCGCCUCGUCGUCGUUGUCACCGGGUUCGUCGCGGCAGCAGUUGAGGCAGAGAAUCACUCGGGUGAAUCUCAGGGACUUUAUCCUGUGUCUGGAGCAGGAACGGACCACGUCGCGAUCGCUAAUGCUCUACAAGGCCCUGCUCAAGUGA